UUCUGUUUUAUAUAAUUUUUAAAUGAUGGUGGACGUUGGGGAUGAUGUCACUUGACAAGACAGAUCCUGCAGAAUGAUUGAUAUGAAAACAAAAAAGCUAAAAUCGUGAACAAUCCACCAUUGGAGACGUGCCAUCUUCAUCCUCUGAGAUGUGGAGAUUCUGCUUCUUCUUAUCGUUACUAUUCUUUGAUGUUAGCGCGGUGAAAUCUGCAGAAUCGAUUUUCCUCCCAAGUCAAAUCGGAGUUGAAGAUUCCCGCGUCUUUGAAUCUCUUAGUCUUAGUCCUGUAUGCUCCGCGGCUGAUCCAAACCUCAACUACAAGCCGGUCAUCGGGAUUCUGACCCACCCUGGCGAAGGUCGAUGGGACGCUCGUCUUCACUCUCUGAAAAACUACGCCUACGCGACGAACAUAUCGUACAUCGCAGCUUCGUAUGUGAAGUUAGCUGAGACUGGUGGAGCUCGUGUGAUUCCUCUUAUCUACAACGAGCCUGAAGAAAUCUUGUUUCAGAAGCUAGAAUUGGUAAAUGGUGUGAUAUUCACAGGUGGUUGGGCUAAAACAGGGUUAUAUUACGAUGUUGUGGAGAAAAUCUUCAAUAAAGUUAUGGAGAAAAAUGAUGCUGGAGAACAUUUUCCGGUGUACGCCAUGUGUCUUGGAUUCGAGAUUUUGUCAAUGAUCAUAAGUCAGAACAGAGACAUUCUUGAGAGGUUUAACUCAGUAAACUAUGCAUCAAGUCUCCAGUUUUUUAAAAACGUUAAUAUCGAAGCAACCGUGUUCCAAAGAUUUCCUCCAGAGCUGUUGAAAAAGCUCAGUGCAGACUGUUUGGUUAUGCAGAACCACUAUUUUGGUAUCUCACCAGACAACUUUCAAGGCAAUCCUUAUCUGUCUAGUUUCUUCAAUAUCGUCACAACCAGCGCCGAUAAAGACAGCAAGACUUUUGUUUCAACUAUUCGAUCAAAACGAUACCCUGUGACCGCCUUCCAAUGGCAUCCAGAGAAAAAUGCAUUCGAAUGGGGAUCAUCUGAAAUCCCACACUCUGAGGACGCAAUUCAGGUGACUCAACAUGCUGCAAAUUAUCUAGUCAGUGAAGCCAGAAAGUCAAUGAACAGACCAUCUUCUGAGAAAGUGCUGAGCAAUCUCAUCUACAACUACAAGCCUACGUACUCCGGAUACAAAGGGAGCGGUGACGACGAGGUUUAUAUUUUCACGUAACAAAGAUCCCUUCUCUGUGUGUUUUCGCCAAAACAUAGCAAUUUAUAUUAGUUACUAAGAGCAAUACAGUGUUUCUCCUUAUCCACCAUUGAUUGUAAGUUGUAACCAAGGUGUUGAACUAUAAUUUAAAAAAACACAGUAUAGAUCACAUGAGGCGUGAGGACGCAAUCACUUGUUCCCAUAUCUUCCUCUAAAACCUAAAUCCUAAAAAAUCCCUUUUCAAAG